GUGUUGUAAUUUUCUGGACUUAUUUUUUAUUUUUAUAUUAACACCGACAGCUCAUGAAUAGUCCAUAGGAAUAAUUUUUUUUUCUAUCUCCUUAAUAAAAUUUUGAAUGAUUAUUCCUACAGUUGUUACAUCAUACAAAGCCGAUUUCUAGAACCGCUAAGAUAUGUCUGACGAAGAGUCAUUCAUCGUGCUGGGAUCGACGCCGACUCCGUCAAUGGAGUUUUAUAAACCGGAAGAUAGCAUUCCUCCAUCUAGCAAGUUAAUGGAAACUUCUUCGACGCAGAUUAAUUCUAAUAAUUUCAGUUUGAUUCAAGCAGAUGAGUCAUUGAAUGGUGCCAUAUCAAUGCAUGAAAAUCAACCUUUGUCGAAGAAUAACACAAAUAGCAUAGGCAAUUCCCUGGCAGCAAGUGUCAUCAUGGGUGAAACCAAACCAAGCCUGCUGCAAGUUUUUCCCAGUUUGAUGAGUUCGUCACUAUCGAUCGACGAGGUUCAAACAUUGCAACAUUUGGUGGAUGAGUAUGGCAAAAUGAAGGAAAGUCUGCAGAAUUCAAAUGUCGCGAUGAGGAAGAAUUUCGUGAACAUUCAAAAGUGGCAAGAUGAAGUUAAGGUAAAAUUUCUAGACCAGGAACGAGCAAUCGACGGACUAAAGGCUGUGAUCGAUAGUCUCACAAGUGAGAAUCAGGCUCUCAAGCAAGCACUUGCUGCACGUGAAACCCAUAUCAAAGCACAGGAAACUCAGAUACAAACGGAAAUAUUGGCAGCCCAACAAGAAACGAAAGAUUUGGCCAAACAGAUUGAAGCGGAAAGAACUUCGGCAGGUGAAGAGAUAGAUGAACUGCGAAAGGCAGUCUCAGAAAAGGAAUCAAUUUUGAAAAAUUUGGCCAAAGAAAUAGAACGUUUGGAGUUGGAAAGGCAGGAAUUUGUAGUUAUUAACUCCAAUAAACCGGAUUCCAAGGAUAGAGCUGAUUUUGAAUUUAUCAACAAGGAAGAGCACAAUCGGCAGCUUAAAAUGUUGCAACGGGAGAUGUCAGUUGUGGUAGCAAAGAAUCUAGAAUUCGAGGACAUGAAAAAAGUAUACAUUGACGAACUAAACUGUCUGAAGGCAAAUCUGAUUGCUGCAGAAGAACUACACGCAAAGUACCGCGCAGAAAUACAUCGUUUGGCAAAGGAAGUCGAAUCGAAGAGCGUCUCAUUUGCAGAAAAUUUCAGAGAACUGAAAAGCGUUAGCGAACAGGUAGACGUCCUUACGGCUCAGUUGGAUAUAUACAAAAACGAUUUCGAAGCAGAAAGAGCCGCUCGCGCCGAAAUAGCAAGUGAGAAAGAUCGUGUGAUGAGCGAUUUGAAACUGCUUCAGAAACGUAACCAACAACUGAUCGAUGAAGUGCAAAAAGGGCGAUCAGCUGAAGAGAAUGCGAUUCGCGCGGCGAACGAGUCAUUAGAUAAUCGUGAUCCGAAACGUGUCUCUGAGGGUGCUUCAGGAGGAACAUCCUCCAAUCCGACUACAGACGAUCAAGAAUUUAAACGGCUUGUAUUGCACUGUCCACUCUGCAGCGGAGUCUACAGCGAUCUGGCUACGCUACAAAAUCACGUGGAAGAUUGCAGCGGUGUAGAAUGAACGAGUCGCUUGUUAGGAGUGUUUUUGAUUUGUGAUCAGUAGUUUUUCUUGAAUUUAAUAUCAAACUGAAGAAAAGCAGAAAUAGUUGAUAAAUGAUUAUAUUUUCAGGACAAGUUAUGAACAGAAUAAUUUGUUUAACAUGUUUCUAUAUUCAAAUCUGUAUUAUUACACGUUAAUAUUGGCCAUUUUAAUGUAUUUUCAUAUCGAUUAAAAAAUCUUUUCCUCUGCAAUGUAUCAACAUUUUCCGAGAUUCAGUUCGAAUUUCAAUUAAUUGACAAGAUGAUAUAAUACAUAAAAAUUGUUCAAGUUACGAAGAUACUUGUUUUCCAACAAAUCCUAUUAGUUCAUGUUGAAAUAAAUACCACUGAAAAGACUUAGUAAA